GUUGGAAACCUCCGCAGGCUCAGGUGCUCCUCACACAGCGCUGCGCCAAGACGCGACGGAGCUCGUCCGCAAAAACUCUGGUUCUGCUGCGCCGCGCAGGAAAUUAGAACCAGCUACUUCUCCUCCUUGAUGGGAAACAGUUCAUCGUAAUUUAAAGGCCUACAGCACCAACAUAACUCAGAGAAAAGAGCUUCCAGAGUCCUGGUCACCACAAUGAGUUGGGCGGCACUCUACGCCCAGCUGGGUGGUGUCAACAGACACUCCACCAGUCUCGGAAAGAUCUGGCUCUCUGUCCUCUUCAUCUUCCGCAUCACUAUCCUGGUCCUGGCCGCAGAAAGCGUUUGGGGAGACGAGCAGUCAGACUUUACGUGCAACACGCAGCAGCCUGGUUGCAAGAACGUCUGCUACGACCACUUCUUUCCUGUGUCACACAUCCGCAUGUGGUGCCUGCAGCUCAUCUUUGUCUCCACACCAGCUCUGCUUGUAGCCAUGCACGUCGCGUACAGAAAGCGCGGGGAUAAGAGGACCAUGCUGGCCUCCAACGGCACUGAAAACACUGACAUAGAGACCCUGAAGAAAAGACGUCUGCACAUUACAGGCCCUCUUUGGUGGACCUACACUUGCAGCCUGGUCUUUCGGCUUAUCUUUGAGGGUGGUUUCAUGUAUGCGCUGUACUUCGUCUACAAUGGCUUCCAGAUGCCCCGGCUUGUGAAGUGUGAGCAAUGGCCUUGCCCCAAUAAGGUGGACUGCUUCAUCUCCAGGCCAACGGAGAAAACUGUCUUUACCAUCUUCAUGGUUGCCUCUUCGGCCAUCUGUAUGGUGCUGAACCUGGCCGAGCUGUUGUACCUCAUCACCAAGGCGCUCAUGAGGUGCUCAAACUGGUCAAACAACCGGAAACGCCCCUACACUGAGAGCGUGACAAGGGACAACAAGAAGAACGAGAUGCUGUUGUCGUCCUCCACGGAUUCAACCAGCAACAAGACCAUGUGCUGAAGAGCAAAGAGAGGGAUAAACUGUAGAUCCAUCUGUGAGCCCCCAUUAGAGCUGUCUCGUGGGAUGUAGAGUCUGUAUUACUGUGGAAAGGUAUCAGUUCAGCUUGUUAACCUGCACAGAAUGACCCGAGGGAAGUUGGCUUGGAUGGUAUUUUCUCACACAUGGCCUUAAAUUUUUCACUAAUGCACUGUAGUGUUGUUCACAGCUGAGUAAUAUGUAGUUGAGUCCUACCCAGUUAUUAUUUUUGUCCAUCAACAGAGAGGAAGUCACCUGCUCACUAACAUUUAGAGCAGUUUAACCAAAAAUACAUUAAUUUACAAGUAAAAAAAAAUCGCUUUAAAGCUAGAACCUUGAAGGACUAUCUGCUGUAAUCUUAGAGGCAUGUUUGAGAUGAAAUGUGCAAUAAUCUCUGCAAAAUCCUUGCUUUGUUACAAUAAUAUAGAUAGAGAAUAUUUUUUUCCAAGAAUCCCAAACAGUAGAAGAACCAGCAUUACUUUGCUCAUAAUUUGUAAAAUAACAAUACUAAGUGACACCUUAAUUUUUUAACACUGGAGAUUUGUGUUUGAUGCUUGAAGUCUUCCGCUGUAACAAAAAUGUGAAAUAGCUUUUGUUCCUGAGGUGAAUGAGCCUACACUGACAUCUAGUGGUGAAUAAGGAGAAAGCGAGUAUGAAUGCAGGGGAUGUGGUUUACAGGAACUGACAUAUUUUCAUGGUAAUUGAGCAAAGGCAGAUAGCUUGAAGAUUUUGCUAUAUUGACUCAAUUGAAUUUUUUUAUUUUUUUUGUGUGUGUAAAGAGUUUACUAUGACACAUGCAUUCAUUUCACUUCUUUAAGUAAAUACAAUUAAUCAAUGAAUUGAUUUUUUUGUUUUUUUGUUGACCAAAUACCAUUCAACAAAAAGACAUGGUAUCGCUCUUCACCACAAUUUUAUAGAUAAAACACAAAAAGAUAAAAAGUGCAAUAAUAUAAAAAGAAUAACCCUAAGAGCAGCUCAGCAUUUCAGCAGCUUGAGGAAACAAGCUGUCUACCAAUCUGGUGGUUCUGCUCUUGAAGUUAAAUGGUUUAUAGGGAGGGUGAGAAGAGUUUCUGAAACAGAUUCUGGACAGAGUAGGGAGUGACCUCUGCUACACAAUAGAUCUGUUAAAUUGCAGUUAAAUCAACCAAAUUCUUUUUAUGGCUUUUGGUUUGCGUUUUAUUUAUUUAUUUUUUUGUACCCUGUCUUACAAACUAUUCAUACCACUUGACGUUUUCCCAUUUAAUCAUGUUACAACUACAAACGUCAAUGUAUUUUAGAUCAGCUUUAGACCACUAUCCAAGAAGUGGAUAAUUGUGUAAGGGAUGUGGUGGUACAUGUUUUUUAAACAUUUUAUGAAUACAUGCAGCUUUACUGAAACAAUACUGUCUAGAACCACCUUUUCCUGCAGUUACAGCUGCAAGCAUUUUCUGGUAUGUCUCUUCAAGCUUUUUGCAGCUCGAGACUAAAAUGGUUGCCCAUUCAUCUUUCUAAAAUAGAUCAAGCUCAGUCAGAUUGGAUGGAGAGCAUUUGUGAACAUCAGUUUUCAAGUCUUACCGCAAAUUCCCAUUUGGCUUUUGGUAUGGACUUUGACUGGGCCAUUCUAACACAUGAAUAUGCUUUGACCUAAAUCCUUCCAUGUAGCUCUGGUUGCAUGUUUUAUUCUCCUGAAGUGUGAAUCUCCCGCAGUCUCAAAUAUUUGGAGGGCUCUAACUGUUUUUCUUCCAUAGAUUUUCCCUGUGUUAAACACCACCCAUCGUCCCUAGCCCAGACUUCUUAUCCCCACAGCAUAAUAUGUCCACCACCAUGUUACACUAUGGAAAUGUUGUAUUCAGGGUAAUGGACAGUUUUUGUGCAGUAAGCCAAAACGUUUAAUUAUGGUCUCAGCUGACCAGAGCACCUUCUUAAACAUUCUCAGAUGAUGUAUUGAGUAGUGCUCUGUUAGAUGUUAAUAGCUUGAGACAAUGUUUUAUAAUCUCACUUUUUCUCCCUGACCUGCCUGCUGUAACCCUUGGUCUUCAUGAUGCUGAUUGUUCACUAAAGUUCUCUAACAAACCUUUGAGGCUGGAUUUAUACUGAUAAUGAAUCACACCCAGGAGCACUCUGUUUACAAAUUAGGCCCCUGAAAAGUAUUUGCUACUGUACUAGAUUUGAUUUAGGGAUAUCAGAUUAAGGUGUAGAAUGCAUAUACACACCACACUUUUCAGAUUUUUAUUUAUUUGAAAUAAAAUGAAAACUAUGUACACUUUCAUUAUACCUCACAGCUAUGUAUCUAAAACAUAGAAUCCCUAUAAGAUACACAGAAGUUUGUGAUUUUAACGUGACAAAUUGUGAAAAAACAAGGGGUAUAAAUACUUUCACAAAAUUAAAAACUGUGCAAAUCUUGCACACAUGCAUGGUGUUUGAAAAAUAUAUACAGCUAAGCCCAAAAUCUCUGGCAGAUUUAGGUUCAAAGUAAGCUGCUCAUUUCACCAACAUGUUCUACUGACUAAAAGUAAUUUUAAGGUUUUGGAGCGACACAACCAGAGUGUCCAGUUUUGGAGGGAGCUAAAGAUUAGGGAAUGGCAGGGAGGCCUUCCAACCUCUAGGACUUGGAGCUCAUCACCAAAGAUCAACUGACAAGUGAAUUAUUGAGAAGAUAAUUGAGAAGUGUGGAAAAAUAUUUUGACAUGCAAAUUUGUAAUAAAAUAUGAAUAAAAACAGAUUACGUAUUUUUUCAAAACCGAUCCUCCUUUUAAAUUGUUCUAUUAUCUUUUAAAAGAUGCCUGUCUCAUUUCCUGUCAGAAAUAAAGUUUUUAGUUGAAUGGAAAUCAUUUGAAACCUAAGUCUGCCAGGAGUAUUAAUCAUGUUAGGCUUAACUGUAACUUUCCAGACAUUAUAACAAAAGUAAACCAAAUCAAAUGAGUAUCUGCAUGUUCUUCUGUACAGAUAUGCAUUUUUAGCUUCAGUUUUGUAUUCAUGGUAUGGAGGUCUUUAUAGUGUGUACUGACCCCAGCGGGUUGUGUCAGCUUUCAGCAUGUGCCUUAUUUUAGCCAGCGCUCUAAUCACAGCUCAGCCUCAUAAUAACACAAAGUGAAUCAAGUCUUUGUCGUUUGUCCAUCCAGGAAUAGAUGUCAAGGAUUAAUCACAUCUGCUUUAUGAAAAAGGCCCCUGUCUGGUAAUUCUGUCAUUGCGCAAUAACUGCUAAGGGGCUGAGUGAGAUAAACUGGCGUACCAAUUAGAUGUGUAACUUCUAACGUUAUAAAAAAUAAAGUAAAACGUUCAGUCUGUUUCUGUUAUGUAACAGCUCCAGCUGAUGCAGUUGUUUGGAGUUUCUCAGCGUGAGAACGCGAUAGGAAAACGUCAGCACCACGGUGUUGCACUCUGGAGAAUUUAGUGUCAUUUAAGAAUAAUGUUUUGUAUAUUUGGUCUAAAAUGAUCUUUGACCUCCUGAUGUGAAAUAGACAUGUUUUAGGGAACUAUCUUGAUCAUUGCAGACUUUAUAACUAACUUAGUUCCACAACAAUGUAUUACUCUGAUUCUAACAGCCAUGCAAUACUAAUGGGCAGUUUUUCACAGUGAGAAAUGAACAAAUGAAAUAAUUUUGGUUGUUAUUUGAAUCUGAGAUGUCUUGUGUUACACUGUGUUGCACUUUUGAUCCUCUAACUUGUUAUUCUCUCAGAGAAAUUUUACAUAAAUUUGUGAAAACACA